AUGCCUAAUGGCGAUCAGCUGCAGAACGCAUCCCUACCACCCUUACGUUUGGCCCCUUUUAAGAGGGUCGAGUCACUGCUCUGGCCGUGGACAGGGAGGAGUCAUUUCCUGGCGCCCUUUGAGGUGGACCCUGGCCUUUUUUCCUGGAAACUGGGAACUGCAGGAUCCAGCGUGCCCUGCGUUGAAGGCUGCGUCGCUGAGCCAGUGAAGGCGCGGAAAAAGGGAUUUCCGUUUGGGCACAACUCCUCCGGAGCGCUGUGUCAGGACCGGAGUGACUGGAACGGGAGGUCCGGGAGGAGGCGCUGUCCCCAAGGCACAGAGGCGGAUCUGAAGUUCGGCGACGCCGCCUGGGGUGCCUGGCGCAAGGCCCGUGAGACGGACCGCCAUGCCCGCCUCCCCCAGACUCUUCCGCCGCUCCCGGCCCCGCUCCGCCCACAGUCCGAUGGCGGCGGCGUUGAGGUCAGUGUGAACUUUGAAGAUGUAGCUGUGACCUUUUCCUGGGAGGAAUGGGGUCUCCUUGAUGAGGCUCAAAGAUACCUGUACCAUGAUAUGAUGCUGGAGAACUUGGCACUUAUAACCUCUUUAGGUUGUUGCCAUGAAGUGGAGAAUGAGAAGGCUUCUUUUGAGCAGUGUACUUCUGUUCAAAGAGUGUCACAGAUCAGGAGUCCCAAGGCAGAUCUGUCCUUCAGAAAGGCCCACCCUUGUGAAAUAUGUGUCCAGAUAUUGAGAGAAUUUUUGUACUUGAAUAAAUAUCAAGGAACACAUUCAAAGCAGAAAUUACAUAGGUGUGAGACAUGUGGGAAACAAUUGUAUGUAAGCAUAAACCUUCAUCAGCAUCAGAGGCAGUGCAUCGGGGAGAAACCCUUCAGAAGAGAGGUGGACAGAGCCUCAUUUGUGAAGAACUACAAGUACCAUGUGUCAAGGAAGCCAUUAGUCUUCAGGGUGGUUGGGAAGGACUUCUUGGCCAGUUCUCAGUUUCUCCAGCAAUGGGCUACUCACACCUGGGAGAGGUCAAACAGCAGAGCCGAGUGUGGGAUGGCCUUUCAGAGGGGAAAAACUUAUCAUAACUGGGAAGAAUGCACAAAAGCUUUCAGUCCCAAACACACACUUGUUCAGCACCAGAGACUCCUCACUAGAGAAAGAUGUUUUAUGUGUAAUCAGUGUGAGAGAAGCUGUAACGUCAGUCAGCAUCAGAAAUCCAACCUCAUUGAACACCAGAGAAGUAACACUAGAGAUAGGCCUUAUGAAUGUACAGAAUAUGGGAAAUCAUUUACUAAGUGCUCCAACCUCAUUGAACACCAGAGAAAUAACACUAGAGAUAGGCCUUAUGAAUGUACAGAAUGUGGGAAAUCAUUUACUCAGUGCUCCAACCUCUUUACACACAAGAGAGUUCACAUGAAACAAAAGCCAUAUGAAUGUGAUGAAUAUGCAAAAUCGUUUAGCCAAAGCUCUACCCUCCUUCAACAUCAGAGAAUUCACACUAGGGAAAGGCCUUAUGAGUGCAAUGAAUGUGGUAGAACUUUUACACAAAACUCUGUGCUCCUUCAGCAUCAGAGACUUCACACUGGAUCAAGGCCUUAUGAAUGCACUGAAUGUGGAAAAUCCUUUGCUGUAAACUCCAGACUCAUUAAACAUAGGAGAGUUCAUACUGGAGAAAGGCCUUAUAAAUGCAGUGAAUGUGGAAAAACAUUUUGCCAAAGCUCUUCAUUCCUCCGACAUCAGAGAGUUCACACUGGAGAAAGGCCUUAUAAGUGUGGGGAGUGUGGAAAAUCAUUUAGGCAAAAGUCCAACCUUAUUCAACAUUGGAGAGUCCAUACUAGAGAAAGACCUUAUAAGUGUGGGAAAUAUGGGAAAUUACUUAGCAACAAGUCCCAUCUCAUUGAACACCAGAGAGUUCACACUGGUGAAAGGCCAUAUGAGUGUGGGGAAUGGAGGAAAUUCUUUAGCAAGAAAUCCUACCUCAUUAUACAUCAGAGAGUUCACACCAGGGAAAGGCCAUAUAAAUGCAACGAAUGUGGGAACUCAUUUAGCCAAAACUCUACACUCCUUCAACAUCAGAGAAUUCACACUGGUUCAAGGCCUUAUGAGUGCACUGAAUGUGGAAAAUCCUUUGCUGAUAAUUCAGCCUUCAUUAAACACAGGAGAAUUCACACUGGAGAAAGGCCUUAUGAGUGCAGUGAGUGUGGGAAAGCAUUUGCCCAAAGUUCUUCAGUCCUUCGACAUCAGAGAACUCACACUGGAUCAAAGCCAUAUAAGUGCUGUGAAUGUGGGAAAUCCUUUGCUAAAAACUCCAGUCUCAUAAAACACCAUAAUGUUCACAUUGGUUAA